AAUUCCGAAGGUUGGAAGUUUAUCCAUUGAGACAGCUCUCAUCAACUACCCAGAAAAUCAAGAAUGUCAUCUUCGCUGCCUUCUCGCCUCUCUCCUCUCCCCUCCAAGCCGCUGCCGCCGCGGGCCACUUCCGCCGCCACCCUCCUCCACUUUCCAUCGGACCUCCAAUAUGCUUCCGCUUCCAGAGCCUCCCGCUUCAAGUGCUCCGCCGGAGAGGCCGGGUUCUUCACCAAACUCGGCCGCUUGAUCAAAGAAAAAGCCAAAAGCGAUGUGGAGAAAAUCUUUUCUGGGUUUUCCAAAACAAGAGACAAUUUAGCUGUUGUCGAUGAGCUCCUGCUUUACUGGAAUCUCUCUGACACUGACAAGGUUCUGGAUGAACUUGAAGAGGUGUUAUUAGUGGCUGAUUUUGGACCCCGGAUUACUAUAAAGAUUGUGGAGAGCUUAAGGGACGAUAUAUACUCUGGCAAGCUCAAAUCGGGAACAGAAAUUAAAGAUGCUUUAAAGAAGAAUAUAUUGAAUUUGUUGACAGCCAAGGGACUUAAAACCGAGUUGAAGUUGGGCUUCAGGAAACCAGCUGUUAUCAUGGUUGUUGGAGUCAAUGGAGGCGGUAAAACUACGUCUCUUGGAAAGCUGGCCAAUAGGUUUAAAAAUGAAGGGACCAAAGUAUUGUUGGCUGCAGGAGACACGUUUCGAGCAGCUGCGAGUGAUCAAUUGGAGAUAUGGGCUCAAAGGACGGGUUGUGAGAUCGUCGUAGCUGAGAAGGAAAAUGCAAAGGCAGCUACAGUUCUUUCACAGGCUGUCAAAAGGGGUAAAGCAGAAGGCUACGAUGUUGUUCUAUGCGACACCUCUGGACGUUUGCACACUAAUUACAGCCUUAUGGAAGAACUGAUCGCGUGCAAGAAAGCUAUCGGAAAAGUUGUUUCCGGUGCACCCAAUGAGAUCCUGCAGGUGCUGGACGGAACAACCGGUUUGAACAUGCUUCCACAAGCGAGAGAAUUCAACGACGUUGUCGGAAUUACUGGUUUGAUUCUAACCAAACUUGAUGGCUCUGCAAGAGGUGGCUGUGUGGUGAGUGUAGUUGAUGAGCUCGGGAUACCGGUGAAGUUUGUCGGUGUCGGAGAAGGCGUGGAAGAUCUCCAACCGUUUGAUGCUGAGGCAUUCGUCGAUGCAAUAUUUCCAUGAAGAUUGUCUGCAAAUUUAUGCGCUCUUUAUAGAAGGUAAGUCUCGACAAAUCAUAUUAUUGCGCACUUGUCUCUUUAGAUCGAGUUUUGUUUCGUUGUAGAUUUGAGAAUUUGCAGUUGAAUCCUGCAACUUGAUUAACUUGUGAUGAUCGGAAAUAUCAUUUUUUAUGAUCGUUUGAAUACAUCAAUUAGCCUGAGCUAAUCUCAGUAAAUAUAUCUUUCAAGGAAUUCAAUUCUA